AUGGCGAUCCAAAAAAAGCACGGUAAAGGUCGUUUGGAUAAGUGGUAUCGCCUUGCGAAAGAAAAGGGAUACCGAGCAAGAGCUGCUUUUAAAUUGAUCCAGCUAAACAAGAAGUAUGGUUUCUUGGAAAAGAGCAAAGUCCUUCUGGAUCUUUGCGCGGCUCCGGGCUCGUGGUGUCAAGUAGCGGCAGAGUGUAUGCCCACUCAGAGCAUCAUUAUCGGUGUCGAUCUCGCCCCAAUCAAGCCAAUUCCUCGAGUCAUUACCUUUCAAAGCGAUAUUACAACAGAAAAGUGUCGCGCGACGAUCAGACAACAUUUGAAGCACUGGAAGGCAGACACUGUUCUUCACGACGGAGCUCCAAAUGUUGGUACAGCGUGGGUUCAGGACGCUUUCUCCCAGGCGGAGUUGGUCUUGCAGUCGAUGAAGUUGGCCACGGAGUUCCUGGUAGAGGGUGGUACCUUUGUCACCAAGGUCUUCAGAUCGAAGGACUACAAUCCUCUGCUCUGGGUUUUCAAGCAGCUCUUCACGUCUGUGGAAGCGACAAAGCCUCCUUCUUCCCGAAAUGUUUCCGCAGAAAUCUUCGUCGUCUGCCGUGGAUUCAAGGCUCCAAAACGCAUUGACCCCAAAUUCCUCGACCCCAAGCAUGUUUUUGCAGAAUUGACAGAUUCUACGCCAAAUAACGAAGCGCGUGUAUUCAAUCCGGAGAAGAAGAAGCGGAAGAGAGAAGGCUACGAAGAGGGUGAUUACACACAGUUCAAGGAAAUACCGGUCACGGAGUUCAUCAAUACCACUGAUCCGAUCGCGAUUCUCGGUACUUAUAAUAAGCUCAGCUUCGAACAAUCUCCAGGGGGAGAUCUUGCAUUGGCGACAUUGAACAGACUGGAAGAGACCACGGACGAGAUUCGAACCUGCUGUGAGGAUUUGAAGAUUCUAGGCAAAAAAGAAUUUCGGAGCCUACUCCGAUGGCGCUUAAAGGUACGUGAAAAGUUUGGGCUUGUAGUCAAAAAAGGGCAAGCCAAGGCCGAUGAACCUGAGGAGGUCGCAGAGGUAGCUCCCAUGGAUGAGGAGUUGGCCAUCCAGGAAGAGCUACAACGUCUCCAGGAGAAAGAGAGCGCCAAGCGCAAGAAGGAAAGGCGCAAAGAGAAUGAGAAGAAGCGCAAAGAAAUAAUACGCAUGCAAAUGCAUAUGACAACCCCUAUGGACAUUGGCAUGGAGCAACUUGGGCCCGGUGGCGACGACGCAACUUUCUCCUUGAAGCGAGUGGAAAGAGAUGGGGCAAGGGAUGUCAUUGCGUCUGGAAAGCUAGCGGAAAUUGAGAGUGACAGUGAGGACGAUCAAACGGAAUCUGAUUACGACGAAAGCGAUGACGAAGGCGACCGAUUGGAGAGGGAACUCGAUUCAUUGUACGAACAGUACCAGGAGCGCAGAGAAGAUCGGGACUCCAAAGUGCGGGCAAAGAAAGCGCGAAAAGACUACGAGGCGGAAGAAUGGGACGGCUUCUCAGACUCUGACAAGGAAGACGAUGAGGAAUCGGAGGAAGACGGCGCGUCCCAAGCGGUGGUCAAGCCAGCACCUCCUAAUUCGGGAACACUCUCCAGCAAGGCCGCGAUGUUCUUCGAUCAAGACAUUUUCCAGGGUCUAGGUGAUGUCGACGACGUUGAGGACGAGGACAGCGCAAUCGAAAUGCAGGAGGACGACAAAUCCGCUAAGAAGGGCUCUGCUUUGGAGAAAAAAGCACCCAAGGAGGCAAAGAAAAAGGCGCAGGCCCCUGAGGACUUUUCAGAUAGCGACCCUGAAGAGCCUGACGACCCACGAAAGAAGAACGGCCAACUCGAUAUCGAUAUCAUUACCGCAGAGGCCAUGGCACUUGCCCAGCAAAUGGCCACCGGUGAAAAGAAGUCCCAGGACAUUAUUGAUGACGGCUUCAAUCGGUACACCUUCCGGGAUGUUGACGGUCUCCCCGAAUGGUUCCUCGACGACGAAAACAAGCAUUCUAAGCCCCAACGGCCUAUCACGAAAGCGGCUGCAGCCGCAAUCAAGGAAAAGCUGCGUGCCAUCAAUGCUCGGCCCAUCAAGAAGGUGAUGGAGGCUAAGGGCCGUAAAAAGAUGAAGGCAGCUCAGAGACUCGAGAAACUGCGCAAAAAGUCUGCUUUGCUGGCAGAUGACGAAGCGCUCAGCGAAAGGGACAAGUCGCAGGCCAUUGCGAAGUUGAUGAGCAAAGCGGUCAAGAAGAAACCCAAGCAGCAGGUGAAGUUGGUUGUUGCUAGGGGAGCCAACAGAGGUAUCUCCGGUCGUCCACGCGGAGUGAAGGGCAAAUACAAGAUUGUGGACUCGCGCAUGAAGAAGGAUAUCCGGGCUCAAAAGAGAUUGGCGAAGAAGAAGAAAUAG